AUGAGGUUCGUUCCCUUCAUUGCGCUUGCUGCGCCUGUCCUUGCACAGUACGAUGCGAAGCCAAAGCCUUCUGCAAAGCCUGGAAAGCCCGGAAAGCCGCACCCAUCUGGUCCUCCCAGGAAGCUCGUCUCCCCAAAAGCGCUGAUCAAAGAGAUCAAGCUUGAGGACUUGCUUGAGGGUUCCCAGCAGCUUCAGACCUUCGCCGACGAGGCUGGUGGCAACCGCGCUUUUGGUGGCACUGGACACAAUGCCACGACCGAGUGGCUAUACCAAACACUCAAGGCAACCGGGUACUACGAUGUGUACAAGCAACCCUUCGUUGAGCUCUUUACUGCCGCCACCACCAAGUUCACCGUCGCUGGUGAGGAGAUUCCUGUCUCAUACAUGACCUUCGGCCCUUCCGGUGACGUUACCGCCAACCUCGUCAAGGUCAACAACCUUGGAUGCGCCGUUGAAGAUUUCCCCGCCGAAGUUUCUGGUCAGAUCGCGCUCAUCUCACGAGGCACUUGUCCAUUUGCUGACAAGGCUGCCAACGCCCUGUCCGCCGGUGCGGUAGGUGCUGCAAUUUACAACAACGAACCCAACACACCUCUUUCUGGCACUCUUGGUGCCGAAGGCGACUACGCUCCCGUCGUUGGUAUGACUAAGGAAGCUGGCGACAGCCUUUUAGCGAAGCUCGGCAAUGGCACAGUUGAAGCAACUCUUUUCAUUGAUGCCAUCCGCGAGAAUCGCACCAACUACAAUGUCAUCGCCGAGACUAAGCAAGGUGACCACGACAAUGUGCUCAUGAUCGGUGGCCACACCGACUCCGUGUUCGCUGGACCUGGUAUCAAUGACGACGGAUCUGGUACCAUCGGUACGCUUAUGACUGGUCUUGCUUUGACCAAGUUCAAGCUCAAGAAUGCCGUCCGUCUUGGUUUCUGGGGCGCAGAAGAGUUUGGCAAGCUUGGUUCCUUCUACUACAUGAAGACCAUCAACGGUACCUUCGGCGGUAACGCAACUGAGGUCAACAAGCUUCGUGCCUACCUCAACUUCGACAUGAUUGCUUCACCCAACUACGUUCUCGGCAUCUACGACGGCGAUGGCAGCGCAUUCAACUUCUCUGGUGCUCCUGGAUCCGACAAGAUCGAGAAGGACUUUGAGGAGUUCUACGAGGAGCGCGGUCUUCCUCACGUCCCUGCUCUUUUCUCUCUUCGCUCCGACUACGCUGCUUUCCUCGAGAACGGUAUUCCUUCCGGUGGUCUGUUCACAGGUGCCGAAGAGUUGAAGACAGAGGAGGAAGCACAGCUUUUUGGUGGUGAGGCCGGUCAACCGCUCGAUGCAUGCUACCACCAAGCUUGCGACGACAUUGACAACCUUGCUCAAGAUGCUUUCCUUCUUAACACUCAGAGUAUCGCCAACUCAGUAGCCAAGUAUGCGCUCAGCUUUGAGGGUAUCCCAAGGGCCAACAUGACGCUCCGCAAGCGUGGUGCCGAGAGAAGCAGACUCAUGUCGAGAUUUGAUGGCGGUGGUCAUGCGCACCAUGGUCAGACUUGUGGUACCGGAAAGCAUGCUAUCUAA